GACGUUAGUGGGUUGCUGCUGGAGUAAAAAAAAAAAAAAACUGUUUGACAGGGAGGUGAGGAGACCUGGCACACGGGGAUCGGAGACAGAAGUUAAGUUCUCAGUGUGUCUGUGGCAGUUUCCGAGUCAACGGGGAGGCUGACUUGAGAGCGACAAAUGAUCCGUACGAGUCUAAGCAACAGGGCACGGAGCGAUAUGUCAGGGACUGUUUCAGUCUUGAGCAGAGGAAGGCGCGACUAGUACACCGCAACGCGGAAAAUAUUGAAGGGGGGUGAGAAUGCGAAUGGUGCGAAGAUACCGAAAUCAAACAAAAUGGAAACGAUGUAGCGUCGCUGCGGCAUUUCAUAUAGCUAGAACUAACGUUAGAGUAGAGAACAGAUAGCUAAAGGAGCUAGCAGGUUAACUAACAUACAUGUAAAGUUAUUCCCCGGAGAAGCUGAAAGCAGAGCCCGGAGGCGUCUGUUGAAUCGGAGGAGUUCAUCAGUACUGCGAAAUCCAAGAAGAUAAACGAGAAGAUGCUACGGAGAAGGCUGAACCGUUUGCUUGGCGGUGAUGAGAGAAGAGUAGACAGUAGGACUAUCUAUGUUGGUCAUCGGUCGUGUUCCGCCACUGAGGCUUUCAUCCCACCCAAGUUCUGUGAUAACAGGAUUGUGUCCUCCAAGUAUACAGUUUGGAACUUUCUACCAAAGAACCUGUUUGAACAGUUUAGAAGAAUUGCCAAUUUCUACUUCCUUAUCAUCUUCCUGGUGCAGGUGAUAGUGGACACCCCCACCAGCCCAGUCACCAGUGGCCUACCCUUAUUUUUUGUGAUCACAGUAACCGCUAUAAAGCAGGGCUAUGAGGACUGGCUACGGCACAAGGCUGACAAUGAGGUGAAUAAGUACCUAGUGACAGUGCUAGAGGAUGGCGGGAGGAUUCAGAAGGAGAGUGAGAAGAUCAAGGUUGGAGAUGUUGUGGAGGUGGAGGAAGAUGAGACUUUCCCCUGUGAUUUAAUACUCCUGCAGUCUAGCCGAGACGACGACACAUGUUUUGUUACCACAGCAAGUCUGGACGGAGAGUCUAACCAUAAAACACACUACACAGUGCCAGACACAGAGAAGGAUCUGGAAUCUCUCAACGCCACCAUUGAGUGUGAACAGCCACAGCCUGACCUUUACAAGUUUGUUGGCCGUAUGCACAUCUACAAAAAUGAUCAGGAGCCUACAGUAAGGUCUUUGGGCCCAGAAAACCUUCUGCUGAAAGGGGCAACUUUAAAGAACACUCAAAAAAUCUGUGGUGUUGCAGUUUACACUGGCAUGGAGACAAAGAUGGCUCUCAACUACCAGGGCAAGUCUCAGAAACGCUCUGCUGUGGAGAAGUCUAUCAAUGCCUUCCUUCUGGUUUACCUUUGCAUUUUGGUGAGCAAGGCCCUUGUGUGCACUACACUUAAGUAUGUGUGGCAGAGCAAGCCCGGACAGGAUGAACCGUGGUACAAUGAGAAAACCCAGAGAGAGAAGGAGACCAAUCUAUACCUAAAAAUGUUCACUGACUUCCUGUCCUUCAUGGUGCUCUUCAACUUCAUCAUUCCGGUGUCCAUGUAUGUGACGGUUGAGAUGCAAAAGUUUUUGGGAUCCUUUUUCAUCACAUGGGACAAGGACUUCUUUGACCCUGAAAUCAAGGAAGGGGCACUAGUCAACACCUCCGACCUCAAUGAGGAGCUGGGACAGGUGGAGUAUGUCUUCACAGACAAGACGGGCACCCUCACUCAGAAUAACAUGGAGUUCAUUGAGUGCUGCAUCGAUGGUUUCCAGUACAAGUACCGGGAUGCAAGCUCAGAGUUGGACGGAUUCUGUGUCACAGAUGGACCUGUGAGCAAACUACAGCAGAAAGCUGGCAGGGAGAAGGAGGAGCUGUUUCUGCGUGCCCUGUGUCUGUGCCACACAGUCCAGGUGAAGGAGUCUGCAGAGCAGGGUCAAGGCCAAAGGGAUGGACUGAUAGACGAGGUGGAUGGCCUAGGGGUGGAUGGAGAAGUUGUCCAUCCUCUGCAGGAGCAGAGAGGCUUUAUAGCUUCCUCACCUGAUGAGGUUGCUCUGGUCAAGGGUGCCAUGAGGUAUGGCUUCACAUUUCUGGGUCUUGAAAGCAAAACCAUGAAAAUUCUCAACAGGAACAAUGACGUUGAAAUGUAUGAACUGCUCCAUGUGUUGAACUUUGACCCUGUGAGAAGGCGAAUGAGUGUAAUAGUCAGAUCCAAAUCAGGUGAUACACUGCUCUUCUGUAAGGGAGCAGACUCAUCCAUCUUUCCCCGUGUCAGACGGGAGGAGGUCGAAAGGAUACGCAUGCAUGUGGAGCGUAAUGCAACAGAGGGCUACCGGACACUGUGUGUGGCCUACAAAAUUCUCAGUGCAGAGGAGUACGCCCAGGCCGAUGCAGGAUUGAGGGAAGCUAGACUGGCUCUGCAGGACAGAGAGGAAAAGCUCAUGACUGUUUACAACCAAGUGGAGACCGGCAUGAGUCUAAUAGGAGCUACUGCUGUAGAAGAUCGGCUUCAAGAAGAGGCAGCAGAGACCAUGGAGGCUCUGCAGGGGGCAGGCAUGAAGGUUUGGGUCCUAACGGGGGACAAGAUGGAGACGGCAAAGUCCACCUGUUAUGCUUGUAGAUUGUUCCAGAGAAAUACAGAGCUGUUGGAGCUGACGGUGCGUACUCUGGAGGAUGGAGGAAGGAGGCGUGAGGAACGACUGCAUGAUCUCCUGCUUGAAUAUCACAAGAAAGCUGUACAGGAUGCACCACCAGUUAAGGCAGGCGUCACCAGGAGCUGGUCUUCGGCAGGCCAGGACUAUGGUUUUAUCAUAGAUGGAGCCACUCUCUCGAUGGUGCUCAACUCCUCCUCUGAAUCCAACUCAAAUCGCUACAAGAACCUGUUCCUGCAGAUUUGUCAAAACUGCACAUCUGUGCUCUGCUGCCGCAUGGCUCCUUUACAGAAGGCACAGAUAGUUAAAAUGGUGAAGAACUCUAAAGGAAGCCCAAUCACCCUUUCCAUCGGAGAUGGUGCCAAUGAUGUCAGCAUGAUUUUGGAAGCUCAUGUUGGCAUUGGUAUUAAGGGUAAAGAGGGUCGGCAGGCAGUGAGGAACAGUGAUUAUGCCAUCCCCAAACUCAAGCACCUCAAGAAACUUUUGUUGGCUCAUGGGCAUCUCUACUAUGUUCGCAUUGCACACCUGGUGCAAUAUUUCUUUUACAAGAACCUUUGCUUCAUCUUACCUCAGUUUUUGUACCAGUUCUUCUGCGGCUAUUCCCAACAGCCCCUGUAUGACGCGGCCUAUCUGACGAUGUACAACAUCUGCUUCACCUCUAUGCCCAUCCUGGCUUACAGUCUCUUGGAGCAGCACAUCUGCAUGGAGGUUCUGCUGGACAAUGCUACCCUCUACAGAGAGAUUGCAAAGAAUGCCAUGUUACGGUGGGGACCGUUCCUCUACUGGACUUUACUUGGAGUCUUCCAUGGUUUGCUCUUCUUCUUUGGUGUUCGAUUUUUGUUCAGUAACCCAGCACUGCAGGAUAAUGGCCAGGUUUUUGGGAACUGGUCAUACGGAACAAUUGUCUUCACUGUCCUGGUCUUCACUGUCACACUAAAGCUUGCUCUGGACACAAGGCACUGGACAUGGAUCAACCACUUUGUAAUCUGGGGCUCCCUGGCUUUCUACGUGUUUUUCAGCUUCUUCUGGGGAGGAAUAAUAUGGCCUUUCCUGAGGCAGCAACGUUUGUACUUUGUGUUUGCCAACAUGCUGAGCUCGGUUUCAGCCUGGCUGGUCAUCAUUUUGCUCAUCCUGCUCAGCCUACUGCCAGAGAUCCUGCUUGUGGUGUUCCGCAAACCCCGCGGGCCCCACGCUCGACAGAAGAAGCCAGUUCAGUCAAGCGCGGGGGGCCGCCAGUCUCCCCGGUCUUCGGCCAGGCCCCUGCUCAUGAGAACCUUUUCAGAUGAGUCCAAUACUGUCAUUUAAACAGCUGUCAGAGAACGGCCUGCUACAAACAUCCAGAUUGCAGCUGUCACACCACUAUCCUACAAGCACCUGAAGGAGCGCGAGUGAAAGGCAACAAGGACUUGCAACAACGGUGGCAUCAGCUACUUUCAGGGUAUGGUGCCAGUCGGGUCAGAGCUGUCUGCCAUCCUGCCUGAUCUGGAAAGAGAAGGAGAAGAAAUGGAGGGGAAAAAAAUAAGAAGAAAAAGAGAGAUGUACUGACUGGGGGGAAGGGAUAAAAAGGGGUUUCGCAGUCUUUUGACUGGCGCCUUUGCUCCGUCCUCCUCUGUCCAAUCCUAACAUCUCCUAACGCAUGCCUGCAGAGCAGUGCCCUGCAUUAUUUUUUAAAAUAUCUACUCAGAUGACAGGCAUGAGUUUUCUUUCUUUUACUUCUUUUAAAAAAAAUACUAGCUUACAAAUGAAUGCAUACAUGGCUGCCUUGUCAGUAGCUCUACCCAACUGCUGUGUUUUAACAAGCAGCUGUAAUAUCCACUCCAAGAAUGGUUCACCUGCAUGAAUGAAGGCUCGAAUGAAGGCUCAAAAGAACGCUUCACUCCACUGAUGUUCAGUCACUGUUUUCGGCAGAGUUUUUAUUAGGACACAAUUAUUGACACACCACUGUCAACGGUAAAUGGUUAUUCUACUUUAUUGCACUUUUCAACGGUUAUUCUUUAAAUGGUAAUCAUAUGUUUCAGGAAAUACACUCAUCCAAAUUAUUCAAGAUGAAAAGUUACAGAUGGUGAUUUCAGUUCUGCUCAAAUCAGCAUACAGACUGUUAGAACGGGUUUCUGGUUUAUAGAUUAUUUUGUGAUUAUUUGUGUCUAAAGAUGAUUCUCUAUUAUAUACUAAGGUAUAAGAUGCGUUAAUCGAGGCCAUAAUACCACUCAAUCCAAAAAGUGUGUGUGUAUGCAAGAUUGAGAGAUAGAGUAGAGAUGUUCUGGCAAUGAAACAUUGCUCGGAGCGUGACCUAAAUCUUCCAACCUCAGAGAUAAUUUAAGAGUCCAUUUAAGAUGAGAAGAUUAAUAUAUGUGCUGUACUGUAUAUAGCUUAGAGAUGUAUGAUCCGCUCAAAGCCAAAAAAGACUAACGUAAGUUGAUCAGAUUCUGUCCACACUAGUGUCUGAAAGUGACAAGUCGGUGUGUGUGUAAGUGUGUGUGCCUGUGUGUUACAUAUGUGCGUGCAGCUGUACUGGAUGAGAAAUGCCAGAAACGCCUGCGUGUCAUGAAAACCGGGAUUACUUGAACCUUUAUUGAUGUAGUUCGGUUAGACAUUUCCUGCACUAUUAAGGAACCUGGUUUCUUCAUUGCGUAGAUGGUCACUAAGGCACAUGAGUAUAUGCCUGAGCACACAAACACACGCACAUAUUCGAUAGACGAGAACAAUACACGCACGAUAACCACACACAUUGUACACAUAAAUGCGCACAUGCACUAAAGCCUAAAUGAGGUAUUUAUGUUUGUUACCCAUUAUCUAGUUCACGUAUUUAAUCUCAGGCAGGCUAAAUUUGGAGUGUGAAGAGAAUCAACUCCAGCCUUGCUGAGUCAGCAUAGUUAACGCCACUGUGAGGCUUCACACUCAGUCUCCUUCCUUUUGUUUUUGGUCAGAUGUGCUGACCGACAGGACGAUGGAGUGGACUGUUUGGUCUUUUGUUCCUUCCUUUAACUUUUUGUGUGUAGUGCUUCAUACAUUCCAUUUAAACAUGCCAUGUUUUCAAACACCUUUAGAUACUGUUUUGUCAUAUUUUCUUCUUCUUUUUUAUUUUCCAAACACGUAUUGUGUAUUUCACAUAUUUAUUGUUAAGUGUACUUUUAUUCACAAAUGUUAUACUUUUAUUACAUAGAUCUUUUUUAUUGUGGAGAGUGUUCAGCUUUGUGCCAGUUGAGUUCGUCUGUGUUUCUCCAGCCCUGAUGUGAGCCCGUGCCAAUACCAUUUGAUAGUCUUUGUCAUACAUGCAAAGACAGGCAGCCCCCCAAUACACUCCCAACAUCCCCAAAUCAACCUCUGAACCAAUGUCACUCCACUUGCCAGGUUAUUUUAACUCUUGGUUUGAACUAAUGAGUACAUAUCACUAUGUAUAUCAUUUAUGUUACAAAUAGUAUGUUUUUAAAGUGUACCUUUUCACUGAUUCCUGCUCAAAUAAUAUCUCCAGUAUAGUACUUUCUAGUACUGGCCUUGUAUUUCACUGUAACCUGACAUAUUUGAUCUGCAUCAUCAUCUGCAGAAUGGCUCAUGCAGUCAUAACGCCAAAUUGAGAUUUUAAAAAUUAAGUUAAUGUUGAUUUGUUCUUAAUAAAUUGGAAAAGUGUACAUGCCUUUCAGCAACAUUUUCUACUUAAGAGUAAGUCUGCUUUUCUGAUGUUAGGAAAGGGGAGGAGGCUGUUCUCUACUCUGUGACAUGCCACCUCCAGACUGCACUGUGCCGGAGAUACCGGAUGUAAGAGGACACACUGUAGGAGAGGGGCUGCCUGCUUUGUUAACAAAUGAAAAACCUUUAACUGACAUCAGAGAUGCUAUUUUCAGAGCUUAAAAAUAUCUUGGAAUCUAAUGUUUUGCCUGUCUAAAUGAAAAGUAUAAAAGAAUGGAUUGUAUUUUUAAUGCAACCUUUUUCCAGCCACUUUUUUGUAAUAAAAUCAAAAAUGUCCAAAAAAAAGCACGAGAGGCUCUGUGGUUGUGGACGCUGUCCCUGUCUGUGAGGGGGUGGAGGUGGACGACUUCAGGCACCUCAGCAGCCCUGCGUCAUACAGCAGGGACACCUCUAAACCUCCAGCCCUUUGGGUCCCAGCCUCAACACUCCAAACCUCCAAGCUGAAUGUACCUCUUUGAAACAAGUAUAUUCAAAACCUGAAGAUUUUCUGUAAUAAAGCAGAAUGUUUUGAAGAUAAA